AUGGCCAAUUUAGAAGAUAAAGAUCUUGAAAUAGCUGCGGAUGAUGAUGACAAAACAACAAAGAAUUUCAACAAUGCUACUGCUGAUAAUAAUAAUAGUCUUUCCUUGAAGGAUGAUCACAUGAAUAAAGACGAACAAGAUGCUACUCCAAACACGUUUGCAGAUUUAGAUUCGGAUGAAUUUCAAAUUAAAUCAAAUGAAGCUUUACAAUUUCUUUUUCGUGAUCGGCGUAGUUUCCUUCAUCCAGGCAAGACCAAAUGUGAAGAGCAAAAACGUGAAGCUCGUAAAGCUUAUGAAGAAAAAUGUUCAAUACUAGGUAAACGUUUUUGUCCAAGAUUAAGUACAUGGAGAGAUUUUCAGCAAUGGGAAAUUGGUGGUGGUUAUGAAAGUAAAAGAAAUCCAUUGCCAACACAACCACCAACUCCACGUAUACAAACAAUGCGUACAUAUCAUACACGUCUUUAUACACCAGCAACAUUACCUACAUAUCACACACCUCUUUACACACCAGCAAGAUUACGUAAAUAA